GCGUUUGACGGCAUGACUUAUGUCAGCAGAGCUGAAGGUGAAUGCAGUGCUGUCUGUAGCCUUCCUACAUCUGCAUCUUUCAGAAUUUUCCAGAAACUGGUGAUGGAUACAUACGGCGAUUUCAGCGCAGAAGCAGUCAAUCUGGAAUUAGUUUCGAAACAAAUUGAAGUCUGAUUUCUGAAUUUCUGUAUCACUGGGAAAGAAACCUUUGACCUGACCACCCAGUGUCUUGGGUUGUACUUACACAUUCCUCAUCUUAUUUACUUUGGAAAAAGAUAAGCUAUACAGAGAUAUGUGCUGUAUCCAGUGACCACUGUCCCUUUCAUGUUGCAUGCAGGAUUGACACUCUUUAGCUUCACUUUUAAAUAGAAAUGGGUUCCACUUUUUAAAGACAGAGAAACAGACAUAAAUAGUAAAUACUUCACACUCGCAAAUGGAAACUAAAAAAAACAUUCAGAAGUGUUUCCUUUCGAUCCUCCUGGUGCAAUCAGGCCCUGCUCUUUCCAUUUAACCAGGAUUUGCAUAUUGAUUUGCGAUUACAUGAAACUCCAGGCUGCAAUUUUGAUGGUCAGCGGAUUACCCAGCAAAGCAUUUGGAGGGGAAUGAAACUGAUGCAAUAGAAUAUGGAUGGUAGUGGUAGGUAAUGAACCUAAUGGAUGUGAACACUGGUUGUGCAAGAGGGCACAAGGGUUCAUAGAAGGAACUGCAAUCUAACUGGAAUUUCUCUUCAAACUGUUAGUGCAUUCCAAUACGGAGACAGCCGCUCACAGAAUGAGAUCUGAAAGGUGAUAAGCUGCUGUCUGGAGAAAAGAAGGGAGCCCACACUGAUGCACUUAUUAUGCAGAAGAGGCGUCUGAAAGGCUUGCUAUUCAAAUUAAAGUGUCACUGGAAACAAAAAACCAUGACAGAUUUCUGCAUGAAGCCAAGCACUGCACUCUUCAACACUCCACAAACGAUGGCAGGGCGACCACACCCUGAUGACUAUGUGAAAGGACUUCUGAAGACAGAUGCUGCUCUGGUGACCUGGUCCAGCGUGGGCUUGUAAAGGAAAUUGUUUCUCCACUUGGUUUCCAACUUGGUUUCCUGUGAUCUCUCUGCGACUGGAGCGUCUUCACUUUUUCGCAUAGCGGUUUAAGAGAUCAGUGCUGUUUGGUUCAUUCAUAGUUUGUGUUGCCAAAGAUGCCUUAAUAUUUGAUGCUGAUAUAAUUCCUGAAAAAGCAGCUAGAUGUUCUAUGGGGAUUUAUUGGGACAGAUGGUUAUGUUUGUAGUAUUUCUUGCAAUCUAAUCACGUAAUGAGUCCUCCGCCAAUUCCUGGCUCUUAAAUAACUAUGGAUUUAUUCAUACGUUGUCCCUUUUGUCUAUUUUGUUCGAUGACUUAAUACAAAAACUGUGAUCUCGUUUUGGGACUUCUGUUCACGUUCAAGGAUUAUUAUUAAAGUCUUGACAGAAUCUAAUUUACAUAAAGUUAAUAUUUUGUGCCAGACUACUGUGUCAAGUUGGAAAAUAAGCAGGUGCAGAAAAAGCCUUUUGUUUUGUUGCUGAGGAGCACAACUAUGGAUCAAUUACCAGCAAUAACUCGAGGAAAAGCCUUGCUGGCUCCCCCUUGUGGGGUCACAGGCGUAAAAAUAAACUUUUGUUCUUGGCAUGUGCAAAGGAAAGAAGCAGCCCUCUCGACGUUCCUCUUUGGGGCACACCGGAGGGGUGGGUUUGCCCUUGAUGAUGCCAGCGAGCAGGCCGCCGAUUCCAUCCCCUGUCCUCCCACCAUGCUCAUACACUUUGUUGCAAACAAUCAGUUUAUGGGAUGUGCAAGAGAAGAAAAACAUCCUGUUUGCAAAACAGUAAUGAAUGCCUUCCAUGACAAACUGCAGACGCCGACCUGUAAGUGCUGUUUAAAGCUUUUCAAUUUGGUCUUGCACAAUGCACAUGUAAACGUGGCGAGCGCUAGCUGUCUAGCUGCUGGAGAUGAUUUUCUUUGUUGCUGAUUCUCAUCCCUUCUUUGUACAUUUGCCCGCACAUGGCAAGCACAACCCGGUGGAAUGACAGGCGGCCAGCGGGGCUGUGUCUGGGUGCCAUGCCGCUGGCUGCCUGUCGUACCUCCACGUUGCACACCUCAGUGAACCAGCUCAUUAGGUGAUUGGGUCUCUACUGCAAACGAGUAGAACCCUGCUCUUCGAAUGUGGACCUCCAGUCCAAAUCCAGGCCUUGUUUUCAGUUCUCCCAUGUAGUUAGCGUAAUAAUUACUGAUUCACACCUGGCUCACAGGUAAAGGAAGGAAAUCUGCAGUGCGUGGAACUUUGAACAGGCCUGGAUUGAAAGAAUGGGGAGGACACCUUGUUUUCAGAGCUGAAGAAAGAGCCCUGUGUGUUUGCAGCCUAAAUUUAGUGUUAACAGCCUGAAUAAAUUAUUUAAUUAUUUUUUAGGCUAACUUUUCUAUAUAAUGUGGGCUUAUGAUCAGUUUCAAUGUGGGAUAGAGAUCAGAUUUUAAAUUCAAAUUAAAUUUUUUUCUUAAAGUCGGUCCAUUUUCUUAAUGCCGGUCCAUUUUCACAUCUCAGCACCAACUAAUUGAGACAAUUGACCCUAUUUAUAGUCAAAAAGUUGCAUAUUCACUGUUUAUAGCCAAAUUAGGCCCAUGACACGACAACAGAAGACCAGGGUCCGGCUUUGCAUGAAAGAGGAGUGAAACUACCCAAUGCAAAGCUUCCCAAUGAUUUCCCAUAUAAGUGGGUCACGUUUCCAGUCCCUCUCUCUUAUUGUCCGUCUUCCUAUACACCUUCCUGCACUAGUUCAUAAGCUGAACAAGAAAAAAAAACAUUUACCGUGGAUUGCCACUAAUUGUUUGUGUGAAAAUGACACUGCUCAAUAGUAAAAAAAAAAAAACAGCCUGCACAGUGUGUUUACAUAUUUAUUCUGGGACAACAAAAGCAGACCAGUCUUACAGAAAACCUUCCAGCUGUUCCACAGCAAACACACAGUCAUCUGCAAAUUACAGAUCGCAUCACACGUCAGUAAAGGUUUUUUCUUAUUACAGUGAUAUAAAUCUCUUUGCUUAACAGGAGGAAUAUCACUUAUUAUUUACUAGUACCUUUGUCUCGUCUCCAGUAUUAUCUACACCAUAUGCAAUAUGUUCAUUUCUAUGCAAUUCAUUUUACUGUUUAUCAUGAUCAUCAUCUUGCAGCAAUACUACAACUCACAACCGCUGCCUUUCGUAAGUGCAAUAAUUUAUCUUAUGUGCAACUAGUGUAAUAAGAAUGUAUUUCUUUAUUGCUAUAUGCUAUUUACUUUUUUCUUAAAUCUUUCUUUUAGCUUGUAUAGUUUUUAUUGAAUCUUCUACAGGAUCCAAAUUCAUCUUAUUGUACUAGUACAGUGACAACAAAGAUACCUUGGAUCUUUUAUUUUGUACAUUGUACCUUUUGCAGAGAAGCAGUGGCAGGCCUAUAUGUGAGAUGGUGUAGAGUACGGGGUGAAGAGGACUGCUAUGAACGUAUGAUGCAUCUGCUUGGGGAGUCAAUAACUCUGAAAGUGGGUGGUAAAUUAGGACACAAAACAGGGUGAUAUUAAAAGCCUCCAUAGUGUCUCUCCGUCUGCUGCCAAGUAGUGGGUGGAUUGUUUUUCUAGUUUUUCAAUAAUUAGCACUUUAAUCAUGUUUGGUUGUGGUAGCAGUAUAAUGUAGGUCAAUAAACACAGGAGCUGAUUAGUCUGUGACUCCAGAUCACUCUGGCGAAUUGAAAUGUCCCGAUUGGAAAAAUAUCCAGUGGCCCAAAAUCCCAGUUUUGUUCUUUAACCCAGCUUGUAUCGCAUCAGGCGGUCUGCCAAGUGAUUGAUCUGUUUAGCUUAAUAAAUCUUGGAGAAAAAUGCUUUUGUUGUAAAAGUCUCCUCUGGAUUUGUGAUGGAUAGUGGGAAAAUCACAGCCGGGCAAAGGCCUAAGAUAGAUUAUCAGUGAUCAAAGAGAAAUUAACUGUUGGAUUCUCAGAAACUCCAGUGCCAUUUUCCCUGCAUAUUAUAUUUUGUUUUAAGUACUGUGCAUGUGUGUUGAGAGCCAUACGUGUGCUUAUCAAACAGAAAUCUUUACAAGUGACCAGAUACCUAAAAUACCCUAAUAUAAUAUGCAAAUAUUUGUUUGGUAUUCAGUACCAAGGACUGAAUAUUCAGAUCCUACUCAAAUCUUAACAUAUUGUUAACGUAUUUAUGUAUUCUCUUCAAAUGCACAAAUCUUCAGCAAGUACAUACCUACUACGAAAAUAUAGCAUCUAUUUUAACAAAUAUGGACGUAUGCUGCCCUCUUGUGGGAUCUCUGUGAAACGACGAUGCAUUGUAGCCCCAGUUUUACCAGAUUUCCUGAGAAGUUGAGUUACACGUCAGAAUGUAACCUGUACUGGUGAGCGGACGUGUACUGUGACCUCACCAGUUCCUGCGUAUCAGCUGACCCCGGAUACAAGGAGACAUGGAACGUGUAGCCGAUAUGCCUAACAACGGCGGGUUCUCCAUGGCUGGCAUUUCCCCCACUCCACGUAAGAGGCAGGUGCGGUUCUCUGCCCGCCACGACAUCCUUCUGCUGCGUGAAGUCAUCGCUCAGAACCCUUUCUCCUCCAAAGAGCCCGGUAGGAUUUGGGCCAAAGUGGGCGAAAUAAUCACUGCCGCCCUGCAGGACGAGAGCUUUGAGGUGGAUGCCAGGCGCUGCCGUGAGAGGACCGCCCUCCUGCUGGAUUACUAUAAGAAGCAGGACUUCAGCAGCUUGCGCAGGUUUGGGACAGAAAGACUUUAUGCCCAGAAGGAGGAUCUGUUACAUGAAGUCCUGGAGCUGGAGGCAGAGAAAGGCCUCAUGGGAAGUGGCGAGAGUAAGUACCAGGAUGAAGAGCUUCGGAAAAGAGCGAUAGAGGAGCUGCCGCUGCCGGAGCAGGACAAGCCCAACGUGAUACCCAACCAGACAGCUCCUCCUACAGCAGCCCCUACCCCAGAGCCGGAGGAGCAGGAGGAGCUGCCUGACCUGGCAGCACCUACAGCCAAGCGGCCGUGUCAGUGCUGCUGCCAGACCUACUCCGAGAUCCUCAGCUUCUUGGAGAAACGGUCGGAGGCGGAGCACCGUCUGCGGGAGGAGGAGAUGGCCCUGCGACGCGAGGAGCUGGAGAUCCAGCGGAGCAAGAUCGCGCUGGAGAGGGAGAGACUGGGCGCCGAGAGGAAGGAACGCGAGCGCCGCUUCGAGCUGGAGAGCCAGGAGAGGCAGGUCAUCCUGGAUCUGCUGAAAGAGAAAGUGCUCAAAGGCUAAGGGCCUCGGCCAGAUGCGGCAGCAGAGACUGUAGUGAAAUCGCAGGAGAGGAUAAAAACAUUUCUGCCUAAAAUGAAACAUAAACCAUCUGGGCCGAGCUUUGCAAAGUAGAGCAGGUUUGGUUUUAGAAUCAUACAUGGCAGCUGAUUCUUCAGUUAGAAGGGAGCGUUUAUUUGUAGAUGGCUCCUGUGAAAUGGACUUGAGGACCCAGCUGUUAUGCUUGUUUGCUGUAUCGGAGCAUUUUUGGCCCUCAUGACUGGGCACCCUGAAAUGGGUGCCUGAAAGAAAUAUAUGUAUGGAAUAAGCAGGUCGUGUCCAAGGCAAAACAUUUAUCUAGCUAGCAGUUUUUCCAUUUAACACUACAUAACUGCUCAAGGGCUAAAGCACUGGUCAAAUAAAGGUUUGUGUGGGCGAAGCAAAAGGUGAACUUAUCACCCAGUCAUUCACUAAAUAUGAGCAGAACUGCUUUGUGUCAUUUCGGCUCUCAUUCCAGCAGAUAAAUUGGCCGCAUACAAUGAAUUAUAUGUACCUUUACAGCUAUAUGUAAGAAUUUUUAUUUUUGUUUGAAUGCUACUGCUUUGCCACGAGAGGGCCCAAUGAUUUAUAGAUAUGCACAUGUAAAUAAUAAUUUGUUGCUGAUACUGUAAAAAUCAUUUGUAUAGUUAUAGAUUAUGCCUUCAGCAUAAACGUGUAUUUUAGUCAAUUUUUGAAAUGUGUUUUAUACUGGCAUUAUAUUUUGUUUGUGCUAAAUUAAAAAGCGAAUAAAAAAUU